AGGAACCAGCCGAAUGAAGUCUCAUUCUGCGCUGCCAUGAGGACAAAGGUCCUCUCUCGAUCAGCCGAAUGAAGUCUCAUUCUGCGCUGCCAUGAGGACAAAGGUCCUCUCUCGGGAAUCACUGCAAGGCAGUGACCCGUCGCCAAACCGCCUGCUGCUAGUUUUGCUUUUACUCUCUAUUCUCCUUUUCACCUAUGGGGAAGCCUGGAAACUGGAGACAUAUGUAAAAUAUUUACUAGAUCCUAAUGAUAGGAUGUGUAUGUGGAGUGAUUGGGGUCCUUAUACUAAUUAUGGGAUGAGGGGACUUUGCCAGAGGAAAUUGAUAGGGGGUUUUCAAUCACCUUGUAUUGGGUUCAUUUAUAAUCAGAAAUAUUAUUCUGUAAGUCAUCUUACUAGUACUAGAUAUACUGCAUGGAAAGUUCCUUGGAAAUUAGUCAAAGAUAUGUUUAGAUGUUGCCCCUGGCCAAGAUAUUGCAAUGCAUUGUGUCCUAAGUUUAUGACUAAUCCUAAAGGUUGCCAUUGUGAAGUGUACAAUGGAUUAGAAGACAACCUGUACCCUAAUGUGUAUAAAUAAAUUGUAAAACUCUGACUGCGUCAAUAUGAACACAACAACAUUGUAAAGCUUCUUAAAAAAGUUAUCAUGACCCUAAGAACCUGGUGAACUUUACACAAGAAUUGUAAUAAGAUAAAUGACCCUGUUUGUGACAUUGUUAAAGAUUUCUUUUCAUUGUAUCUACCUUAUGUAAACUGAGGAAAUAACCUUUGAGGAACUUUCUGUGAACUUUGUACCUUCCCCUUUCCCUGAAAAUAAUCAUGUUAGACUAUAUAUGUCGGUACACUCAUGCCUGCCUCAUGCCUAUCAUGUAGAAUUAGUUAUCCCCCACCUGUUAAGACUCCGGUCCCCAAGUGAUAAAUAACUCCUUCGCUACCUGCAAUAAAGGCUGAUGUGCAGAAACUAAAGUGUGACUUCCUUCGCCGACGUCCACCCAUCCCAUCAGGAACCCUGACUGCUGGAGCUGGUCUCCGGCAAGUGGCGCCCGAACAGGGACCUGAAUUGGGACAUGAUGAUCUUAAUAAUAUGCAACGACACUGGGAACCAAGAAAUACUGUCAAACCUACAGUAAUGUGGAAAGACCUUUUAUCUGUAAAGUACCUGUAACCACUAAAAAUGAACAAGAGCAGGAAACGGCGCAAUUGUGACAAACCUCCUGUUGCAGAAUUUAAAAGGCUCUCACUGGAGAAACCUAAUCUUUUUCACCUCAAGACAGCGGCCACCUUGGCUGCCCCCCCUCCAACAUGGGGACAGCUUAAGAAGUUGGCUGCUCAAGCUGAACACUUGGUUUUAAGCCAAGGCUGCACACUCAGUCCUUCUGUUUUGUUCGUUGCUAUGCUAUCAAUCCUCGCGUGUCAAGUAAGUACCUGUAGUGCAGAACAAUUCUGGGCUUUCUUUCCUAAUCCUCCUCACUUUCAUCCAGUAACCUGGGAUGAUAAUACUACACAUUUUAUUGUUAAUAAUACUGCUAUUAUGGGGGGUCCAAAAAUCGUAUACUCUGAUUCUCAUACUACUCCAACUAUUAAUUAUAAUUAUACCUACUUGGGAACUUCGCCUUCUAUGCCUAUUUGUUUUUCUAUCCCUACUGUUUGGCCAUACUCCCAAAACUUUCCACAAUGUGUCGGACUCCAAACCACAGGUAUAAUUUUUGACCAUCCACCACCAUCUAAAUUUGAAUCAUCAUCUACGAGAGGUAAGCAAAGUCAAUCGGAAGAGAGGCAUUUACAAAUGGUUCGCCUUAUAGCACCGGGGAUUGAAGCAACUCCGGUAAGAAAGUGGCCUUUCGAUAAUUACUCUCCUUUUUACCUACCUCACCCUCUUGGCCUACCAGACUGCUCUCAAAAGUUUUUUAGACUUAUGCCUAGUGCUCCUUAUUGGGUUUCUUGUUAUUUUAAUUCUACUCGGCCACAAAUUCUGCAAGCCAUGGACGGGAUUACACGCAUUUUUGAUUGGACUAGUCCUGAUCCUUUUGCAGAUUAUAAGCCUUAUUUUAGAAAUAAGACAAAUUACAAAGGGUGGGAUCAAACUCUUCUACCCGAUCCAAUAAAUGUAAAUAGAAUUUCUACUUCCGGCUGGGUAGCUCCAGUUUUAACUGCAGUAGUGAAAGGACAAACUUACCUCCAUAAAUAUCUUUGGCAGGCUACGGCCGCUUCACAUCCAAUAACUGCAAGUUAUUUUUCUAAUAAUCAGACUACCUUUGCGAAUUAUUCAGUGACUACUUGUGUGCAGACGCCUUAUGCUUUGCUUGUGUCUCCAACGGCGUACUCCUUAAGCUUUAUAAUGGACCCAAAAACAAAACUUAUAACUACUUCCUGUAAAGAGUGUAUUUUAACUAACUGUAUGCGCCCCGAACUGAAAGCGAAAGCGUUUGUUUUGCUUCGGCAGCCACCUUACAUUAUGGUUCCUGUUAAUGUUACAGACAGUUGGCACGAAAAUUCGGGUUUAGAGGCUCUCCAAAAAUUAGAUUCACUGAUGCGUCCCAAAAGAUUUAUUGCAGCAUUGAUUUUAGGCAUUACAGCGCUUAUUACUAUUGUAACAUCGCUGACAGUUUCGACCAUCGCCCUCGCACAGGAAGUUCAUACAGCACACUUUACUAAUGAACUUUCGAAAAACGUAACUACAGCACUUACCACCCAAGAAAUUAUUGACCGAAAAUUGGAUGACAAAGUAAAUGUUCUUGAAGAAGCGGUAAUGGCUAUUGGACAAGAAAUAUUAACUUUAAAAAUUCAAUUGUCUUUGCGAUGUCAUUCUGAUUAUAAAUGGAUCUGCGUAACACCCUUACGUGUAAAUGAAUCGGAGCAUAAUUGGGAAAGAGUGCAGAGUCAUAUUCUAGGAGUAUGGAAUCAUUCUGAUCUGGGCAUAGAUUUAAGUAAGUUACAUAAACAAAUUUCAGAUAUCAAUCAUGCCUCAGAGGAAUUCUCCCCUGAAGGCAUAGCACAAUCUCUAUAUGAUAAUUUUUCUUCAUGGGUAUCUGGAUCCUCACUGACCACUUUGUUGAUUAAUGUCGGUGUGGCUCUCUUAGUGUUAUUAAUAUGUCUCCUCUUAAUUCCAGUCUUCUUCAAAGUCCUCGCCCGAAGUCUCCAAAAGCUAACUGCUGAAGUUCAACUGCUUGCUUUAAAAAAUAAAAAAGGGGGAAAUGAAGGAACCAGCCGAAUGAAGUCUCAUUCUGCGCUGCCAUGAGGACAAAGGUCCUCUCUCGAUCAGCCGAAUGAAGUCUCAUUCUGCGCUGCCAUGAGGACAAAGGUCCUCUCUCGGGAAUCACUGCAAGGCAGUGACCCGUCGCCAAACCGCCUGCUGCUAGUUUUGCUUUUACUCUCUAUUCUCCUUUUCACCUAUGGGGAAGCCUGGAAACUGGAGACAUAUGUAAAAUAUUUACUAGAUCCUAAUGAUAGGAUGUGUAUGUGGAGUGAUUGGGGUCCUUAUACUAAUUAUGGGAUGAGGGGACUUUGCCAGAGGAAAUUGAUAGGGGGUUUUCAAUCACCUUGUAUUGGGUUCAUUUAUAAUCAGAAAUAUUAUUCUGUAAGUCAUCUUACUAGUACUAGAUAUACUGCAUGGAAAGUUCCUUGGAAAUUAGUCAAAGAUAUGUUUAGAUGUUGCCCCUGGCCAAGAUAUUGCAAUGCAUUGUGUCCUAAGUUUAUGACUAAUCCUAAAGGUUGCCAUUGUGAAGUGUACAAUGGAUUAGAAGACAACCUGUACCCUAAUGUGUAUAAAUAAAUUGUAAAACUCUGACUGCGUCAAUAUGAACACAACAACAUUGUAAAGCUUCUUAAAAAAGUUAUCAUGACCCUAAGAACCUGGUGAACUUUACACAAGAAUUGUAAUAAGAUAAAUGACCCUGUUUGUGACAUUGUUAAAGAUUUCUUUUCAUUGUAUCUACCUUAUGUAAACUGAGGAAAUAACCUUUGAGGAACUUUCUGUGAACUUUGUACCUUCCCCUUUCCCUGAAAAUAAUCAUGUUAGACUAUAUAUGUCGGUACACUCAUGCCUGCCUCAUGCCUAUCAUGUAGAAUUAGUUAUCCCCCACCUGUUAAGACUCCGGUCCCCAAGUGAUAAAUAACUCCUUCGCUACCUGCAAUAAAGGCUGAUGUGCAGAAA